AGUCAACCGUCAUCGUCAAAGAUUUUCUAAUGUUUUGGUUUUUCAAAUAUCUACAAUAAUUCUUGUUUAUUAUCAAAUUAAUGAGAAGUUUAUAAAUUAAUACAAUUUGCAAGAAAGUGUAGUGUCUGUCAAUAUAUAAACAUAAAGCGGUCGACUAACUAAUAAGUUCUUCAAAUCAGUAAGUGACUGGCAAAUUUGUGUUUGGAUCCCGUUUCCGAUGAAGUAAAGAAUACUGUACUGAAUCGGGAAGCAUUAUGGCUGACUAUUUCCAAGAAAUGGGUUGGAAUGAGCUUGGUGAAGGAGAGCAACCAAAUCACUUGCUUCACAUGGCAAGGUUUUUGAUUGAUUUUGGUAUAUACGGAGACAACUUUACAGGAGAGUGGCCCAGCUUACCUCCACCAGCUUCAAAAGAGGCUGUAAAGAACCUCCCGGAAAUUGUGAUAGAAUCUAUGGGCAAGAGCUGUCCUAUAUGCCUAAAAAAAUUUCAAGUAAACGAAAAAGCUAAACAGAUGCCAUGUGAGCAUCAGUUCCAUGGAAAAUGCAUCAUGACUUGGCUAGAACGGACUAAUUCCUGCCCUUUUUGCCGAUAUGAAUUGCCUACUGAUGAUGAGGGAUAUGAAGCAUUUAAAAAAGAGAAGAAAAGAGCUGAACAGAGGAAAGAAGAAUUGGAGAAUUUACACAACUCUAUGUUUAGUUGAUCUUUGUCAUUCCAUGUUCAUUAAAAUAUUAUUAUUAUUGUUGUAAAUAUUGUGUUUAUAAUCUUGUUAUUCUA